GAGGAGGACAGGGGACCCGCAGCCCGGGCGGCCAGGCGACGGGAGCAUCAGGGAGGAACACAGCCUGAGCCCGCAGAGCGACAGCCUCGGGAGUCCUAAUCCUGUCCCGCGGGCUCCCGAACGGUCAGUGGCGCGAGGCAGCGCCUAGGCUGAAAUAUGAUAAUCAGAACAGCUGCGCCGCGCGCCCCGCAGCCAAUGGGCGCGGCGCUCGCCUGACGUCCCCGCGCGCUGCGUCAGACCAAUGGCGAUGGAGCUGAGUUGGAGCUGAGAAGUUUGAGUAAGAGAUAAGGAAGAGAGGUGCCGGAGCCGCGCCGAGUCCGCCGCCGCCGCAGCGCCUCCGCUCCGCCAACGCCGCCGGCUUAAAUCCGACUCCCGGAUCCGCGAGGGCGCGGCGCAGCCGGGCAGCGGCUCCUCCAGCCUGGGCAGCCCCGUGGGCCACUAGUUCUCACUUAGCAUCCUCUCUGUGCUGUUCACCAACUGUACAACCAACAUUUCACUGUGGACAUUACUCCCUCUUACAGAUAUGGGAGACAUGGGCGAUCCACCAAAAAAAAAACGUCUGAUUUCCCUAUGUGUUGGUUGCGGCAAUCAAAUUCACGAUCAGUAUAUUCUAAGGGUUUCUCCGGAUUUGGAAUGGCAUGCGGCAUGUUUGAAAUGUGCAGAGUGUAAUCAGUAUUUGGACGAGAGCUGUACGUGCUUUGUUAGGGAUGGGAAAACCUACUGUAAAAGAGAUUAUAUCAGGUUGUACGGGAUCAAAUGCGCCAAGUGCAGCAUCGGCUUCAGUAAGAACGACUUCGUGAUGCGCGCCCGCUCCAAGGUGUACCAUAUCGAGUGUUUCCGUUGCGUGGCCUGCAGCCGCCAGCUCAUCCCGGGAGACGAGUUCGCUCUGCGGGAAGAUGGACUCUUCUGCCGCGCCGACCACGAUGUGGUGGAGAGGGCCAGCCUGGGCGCCGGAGACCCUCUCAGCCCCUUGCAUCCUGCGCGGCCGCUGCAAAUGGCAGCGGAGCCCAUCUCCGCCAGGCAGCCGGCCCUGCGGCCGCAUGUUCACAAACAGCCGGAGAAGACCACCCGCGUGCGGACUGUGCUCAACGAGAAGCAGCUGCACACCUUGCGUACCUGUUACGCCGCCAACCCCCGGCCUGAUGCGCUCAUGAAGGAGCAGCUAGUGGAGAUGACCGGCCUCAGCCCCCGCGUGAUCCGAGUCUGGUUUCAAAACAAGCGGUGCAAGGAUAAGAAGAGAAGCAUCAUGAUGAAACAGCUCCAACAGCAGCAGCCCAAUGACAAAACUAAUAUCCAGGGGAUGACAGGAACUCCCAUGGUGGCAGCUAGUCCAGAGAGACACGACGGUGGUUUACAGGCUAACCCAGUAGAGGUGCAAAGUUACCAGCCUCCUUGGAAAGUACUGAGCGACUUCGCCUUGCAGAGUGACAUAGAUCAGCCUGCUUUUCAGCAACUGGUUAAUUUUUCAGAAGGAGGACCAGGCUCUAAUUCCACUGGCAGUGAAGUAGCAUCGAUGUCCUCUCAGCUCCCAGAUACACCUAACAGCAUGGUAGCCAGUCCUAUUGAGGCAUGAGGAACAUUCAUUCAGAUGUAUUUUUUUCCCUGUUGGAGAAAGUGGGAAAUUAUGUUGAACUCUGAAACAAAAGUAUUUAACGACCCAGUCAAUGAAAACUGAAUCAAGAAAUGAAUGCUCCAUGAAGUGCACGAAGUCUGUUUUAAUGACAAGGUGAUAUGGUAGCAACACUGUGAAGACAAUCAUGGGAUUUUACUAGAAUUAAAAACAAACAAAACCCAACACCCAACAUAUGCUAUUCAAUGACCUUAGGAGUACUGAAAAAAAAAAAAGACGUUUUUAAAACGUAGAGGAUUUAUAUUCAAGGAUCUCAAAAAAAAAAAAAAAAAAGCAUUUUCAUUUCACUGCGCAUCUAGAGAAAAGCAGAACUAGAAACUAUCUAGUCCAUCCUAAUCUGAAUGGUGCUGUUUCUAUAUUGGUCAUUGCCUUGCCAAACAGGAGCUCCAGCAAAGAGCAGGAGAGACGGGCCUCAGUGGCUGAAAGAGUCCUUUCAGGAAGGUGGAAUUGCAUUGCCUUGCAAUGUUUUUAGUUGACUUUAACAAGGGGUUAAUGGAAAUUCUGGGUCUCUUAGCAUGCCCUGUAGCUGGUUUCUUUUUCUUUUUCUUUUUGUUUUACUUUUGCCUCCUCUCCUAUUUUUCUUUCUUUUUUUGUUUUCACUUUUUUUUUGAGAUCCAUCCUCUAUCAAGAAGUCUGAAGCGACUUUAAAGGUUUUUGAAUUCAGAUUUAAAAACCAACUUAUAAAGCAUUGCAACAAGGUUACCUCUAUUUUGCCACAAGCGUCUCGGGAUUGUGUUUGACUUGUGUCUGUCCAAGGACUUUUCCCCCAAAGAUGUGUAUAGUUAUUGGUUAAAAUGACUGUUUUCGCUCUUUCUGGAAAUAAA